AUGGUAGAACCCUGGCUCCAGCUGCACGCACAGCACACCGCCCACGCCCAGACCGCCGCCGCCAUUGAGUCGACGCGCAACGCCUGGUCCCAGCACCACGAGAACGACGAUGCGCGCGUCCGCUACACGGCCACCUACGACGACGUCGUCGAGUCGCUGCGCAAACGCUACACCGAGCCCGCGCCCGACUCAUGGCUCGCCGGCUCGAACCCGUCCCAAGACCAGGACCCAGACUCGUUUCCCGCGGCGCUCGACGCCCUCUUCGCCCGCCUCAAGGCCCGCGAUGCCGAGGCCGCCGACAUUGAGACCAUGAUUGCCCGCGAAAAGGCCCGCUGGUACCGCCGCACCCUGCGCGACGCCGCCGCCGGUACCCAAGCCGAACGCCUCAUGGGCCGCCAGGCGUACCUGUCCGCGCUCGAGGGCCACGCAGACGAGGGCACCACCACGGAGGCCGGCGCUGCACCCGCACCCACGAACAGCAGCACGACCACGUACGACUGGGCCGCCGGCGCCGACGCCAUCCACCGCGCCCUCGCCUCGCAGGCCGCCACCGCCCCCUCCGUCGACGACGUCCUCGCCAAGCUCGCCACCGCCGGCCCCGACGCCGCCCCGCGCGCCGAGGCCUACAUCGACCUCUUCCUCCGCGACCCAGCAACGGGCGCCCUGCCCGCCUCGUGCGCCGCCGCCGCCGCCAGCCUGCGCGAAGGCACGCCCCUCGACGCCGUCUUUGCGCGUCUCGCCGCCGACGCCGCCGCCAGCACCGGCACCGCCGCCCCCCGUGCCCAGGCCGACCAGCACAGGCGCAAGCUCGCCGAGCUGCGCCGCGCCCAGGCCGCCCACCUGCGCGACAAGGCCGUCAAGGCCGAGACCCGUCAGCGCCGCCUCCGCCAGCAGCAGCAAGGGCCGCGCGUCGACGCCGAGGUCUACGAGAACCUGCCCGACGGCGUCGCCGUCGGUGACGUCCGCGCCUGCGCCCUCUGCCAGGUGCUCGCCGGCCUGGGCGUCGGCGCGCAAAAGGUGUACAGGACGCCCGAGAGGCUCGCCGAGACCCAUGACGAGCACAUCCGCUCAGAACACAGGUGUGCCGCCGCCGAAGACUGCGUGCAGCUCACCGACGAGGACGUCGACAUGGCCGGCAGCGACGACGCCGCGAGCCCGGUCAUCUGCAAAGAGUGCGCUGAGACGCAGAGCCAUGCCGUCGUCUACUGCUCGACGCGCUGCGCCGCCGCGCAUUUCCGCCAGCACAGAGAGACUGUCCACGUGCCGGGGCGUCGGCGGGACUCGAGCAAGUCGGUCGAGCAUGACACCAAGGACUUGGUCUUCGAGGACGACGACAGGUCCAAGUAUCACGCCGAAGACAUUACCAAGUUUGUCUGGACCCUCAACGACGCAGUAGAGCGCUUCUUCAAGGGGAAGAACCCCGACGUCAAAAUCUUGUCCAUUGACUAG